AUGGCUCCGACGGUGCUCUCUCCAGCUUCGCCAUCUGAGCUACUCCAUUAUAUUGUUACAUACCAAACAUACCCAACCACACUUAUCAUCUGCUGCUCUCAAGAAGAGUUCAUCUCUUCAUUGGUAGCAGACGUUAGGAAAAGAAGUACUCAAGAGGACUCACACCACUCUGAGGAACAUCCUCCACAUCCUCUCCUCGCAGCGCCACUGUUCCAGGAAGCAAUUGCACGUCACAUCCGUCUGCUCUUCAUCCCGACAGUCAUCCAUCUUCGCGCCAACUUAUCAGUCUUCUCCCCAGAAGACUCGCUAGUACCGCCUCCGCCGAAUAUUUCCCCGUCAUCGGGGAAACAUCACCCGCCUCUACUCCUCGUCUACGGGUUUCUACAUCUUCACAGAGAUAGCAGCGAGUGGAGCGCCCAGGGUAUUAGCUGUUCGGCAGCCUUACUAGUAGAAGCCGCAAGACGCACUGCAUUCAAACCAGUCAUCGUCGAGCCCAAACACCUGGAAGGGCAUAAUGAAUUUGAAGCCUUGCUUCACGACGAUGCACCCAUCCUGAGUGGUAGCUCGCGGAGGACCGAGGGUGGGUGGACCGGUAGGACGGUUGAAAUAAGAAGGGUCUUGGGCAGAUGGUUUCACUUCCAAACAGGACAGUGGGAUAUUCAGUGGGAAGAGCACGAGGCGUCUUGA